ACUAAAGUAGCGCCAUCAUUAGAAAACCUUGAUUACUUUGAAUGGUUACAUUAAGAGCCAAGUGUAACAACAGGCGAAACUAGAUAUUUAGGGAUCAUAGUCUCUUUUUGUUUUGAUCUUGGGGGAGGCCCCCAACUUUUUCUUUUUUUAGAUAUCAUUUUUGGGUCCCCUUGAUCAAGGGGUCCCCGCGCCAUCUGUGAAAUUGGGGGUGGCACCAAGCAUCCCGAGGAUUGGAGGGGUGACUGCGGGAGGCCCUGGGAUGAAAGGGAAGGAGGAGGGAGGCGGAGGACGCCCCUCGGGGGUUAGUGGGGGUUCUGGCGGCACCGGAGGUAGCCCUGAGAAGAGUGUCAGCGCCCAAGAGCUGAAAGAACAAGGCAACAGACUGUUUGUGGCCCGGAAAUACCAAGAGGCUGUGUCCUGUUAUAGCAAGGCCAUUACCCGAAACUCCUCCAUUGCCGUGUAUUACACUAACCGGGCGCUAUGCUACCUGAAGAUGCAGCAGCUGGACAAGGCCCUGGCAGACUGCAAACAUGCCUUAGAGUUGGACUGCCAGUCAGUGAAGGCCCACUUCUUCCUGGGGCAGUGCCAGAUGGAACUAGAGAACUAUGAUGAAGCCAUUGCCAAUCUACAGAGAGCCUAUAACCUGGCCAAGGAGCAGAGGCUGAACUUCGGAGAUGAUAUCCCCAGUGCCCUGAGAAUCGCCAAGAAGAAACGUUGGAACAGCAUAGAAGAGAGACGAAUCAACCAGGAGAAUGAGCUGCACUCCUAUCUCACCAAACUCAUCCUGGCCGAGAAAGAGAGAGAACUUGAAGAAGCAAAGCGAAAACACCAAGAGGAUAGUGUAGAGGAGAGUAGAAGUCGAGCCCUGUUGUCUAGUGUGGCUUCCAAACAUGACAAGCAUCUUGCUGAGAUGGAGGAGCUUUUCUCUCAAGUGGAUGAAAAGAGAAAGAAGAGAGAUAUCCCAGAUUACCUGUGCGGCAAGAUCAGCUUUGAGCUUAUGAGAGAACCCUGCAUAACACCCAGCGGCAUCACGUACGAUAGGAAAGACAUCGAGGAGCAUCUUCAGAGAGUCGGCCACUUUGAUCCAGUGACUCGAAGCCCUUUGACUCAAGACCAGCUCAUCCCCAACCUGGCCAUGAAGGAGGUCAUUGAUGCGUUCAUAUCAGAGAAUGGCUGGGUGGAGGACUAUUGAUCAUGGGGAAGACUGCAGAAGCCUGGCAUUGCCAUUAGAGUCCUACUCCUCUUGUGUCACAGACUGUGCCUGUCCAGCCUUAAGCCUUACUCUCCUCCCCUGUGUCUCUGAGCCCUCUGCCAGUAGUCUCUUCUAGGUCCAGCAACCCAAGUCUGCUGCUUUGGUCCUUACUCUUCCGGACCUCCCUGGAUUCCCAGUCUCUUGUUUGUGUGCUUUUCCCAGAUUCACUACUGCGGUAACCUUCUAGCGAGUGGAACGCUUGCCUGCUUCGGCUUCCUGGUUCAUUUCCUUUCCACUUCCAGUAGAGUAUUUUAUAGCUGUGUGGUUUAAGGGCUGAAGAACUAUGUUCUGGUGAUGACUUGUUUGCCGACACAGCAUGCACUCUGCCAGCCAUCAUCUCACACCUAGAAGUAUUUAGUACAACUCUCAGACUGGGCUACAGUGGUAUAUGAACAAGCCCGUGAUGUCUUCUGUAUGCCAAUAUUUUGCCAGCCGAAUAUAGCGUGUUCUUAUUUAGCUGCUUGACUGUGGAGUUCAACGUUGAAUUUUUCUUUUUUGUGAAGUCCUCAACCCGCCCUGCAUUGGUUCAUUUGCGCUGCGUUGCAGCAGCUGUGAUUCGUGGAACAGCACCCUCUGCUGGCAAGACACUAAAAGCAGCACAGCAGAACCUUCAGUGUGGGCUUUGCAGGAUGUUGGCUUAGUAUGGCAAAUUAUAUACAAUGGCUGUGAACUAAGAGUCCGGGCUAAACGGUGCCCUUUGUCCGGUAUGGCGACUAACUGCUGCAGGCAGUGCAAUGCAUGAAACGCAUAAAAACCUUUAGAUUGUGGUUCCCGAAGCUGCAGAUGGAAGGAUUUGUAUUGACUCAGCCCUAACUACACCAAAUGCACAUCUGCAGCAAUGAAUGUAUCCACCCCGGGAUUUGAACUCCUUGGCUUUACUUUGUACAUAGUCCAUGUAAAUAUGUUCUAGUGUCUCUGAUAUGUAUGUGGCCAUUGAGGAGUGUGGCAGCCCUUCCGUCAGUACAGAUGCAUACAUUAAAGGAGUUACGCUGUA